AUACUAUAUGUUCGUUUAGGCUUGCCUAGUUUGUUGUUUUAUCAUUGGGGUUUUUAUCUUUGCGUAUCUAAAAGGUAACCUCAACCCUUCCACUCUGUCUUGAAUGGACUUCGCUGCUCCAUUAUACGAGGGUUCUUCGAAUUUAGAAUCCGCACGACGAAGACAAAAACUCCGGCACGGUCAGUUUCCCGAUGUGAGGCGAUCCCGUGAGUGUCCUUGCGCAAUUCGCCUGUAUGAGUUUCAGGAAACGCAAGAUGUAUUUUCACGAUUACACGUCGCCGCGGCAGUGUUGGGUGUUCCGCCGGCGAUUCCACCCGAAACGGUGGCUUUCGCCCCCGAAACGAAUGACUUGGCGGUGGGGAGCAAAGGAGUGGAUGGAGGAGCAUUCACAUCGAACGCGUUUGGUAUUGCACCCCGGACCCCCCACAAAGUUACCGAGCCUACGGUGUGCAGUUCCGUUGUCGUGGUCAUGGCUUGGGCGGACACAACGUUGCUGGAACUUGCUUUGCCUGCGCUCGAAGCCGUUCGCGAAGAUGUCGACGCCUUGGCACUUGAGAAAAAAAACAAAUAA